GCAGGUGCAAAGGCCCUGGGGCAGCGGGCUGAGGAUGGCCAGCGGCACCCAGGCGCGAGGUCCUGCAGAAUCUGGCUCCUGUGCUGUUUUGGUGGGCUGCUUGGGAACCCCCAGAGUUCCUCAGACCACGCCUUGAGUUUUGUGUUUCUGGGGCACAGCCUGCUGCAGGGGUUGUCAUUUCUGUCGGGAGAAAUAAGAGUUCUGGGACGGUGGCCACUAAGAGCCAGAGCUGCGGAGUGUCCACCUCUGUGGUGUGUCCGCCCCAUCCUUCCUGCACUGCUUCACGCUGGCCAGUGCCGCCUUCAACCUGCAGGUGGCCACCCCAGGGGGGAAGGCCAUGGACUUUGUGGACGUGGACGAAAGCAAUGCCCGCUGGGUCCAGGAUUUCCGCCUCAGGUCCUACGCCAGCCCUGCCAAGCUUGAGUCCAUCGACGGGGCCCGGUACCAUGCUCUCCUCAUCCCCAGCUGCCCCGGGGCACUGGCUGACCUGGCCAGCAGCGGGUCCUUGGCUCGCAUCCUGCAGCACUUCCACUCCGAGAGCAAGCCCAUCUGCGCUGUGGGCCAUGGUGUCGCCGCCCUGUGCUGCGCCACGAGCGAGGAUGGCUCCUGGGAGUUCCAGGGCUACAGCGUGACGGGGCCAGCGAGCCAGACGCAGUGCACGUGGUGCUGGACCGCCACCUUGUCACCGGCCAGAACACCAGCUCCACUGUGCCAGCUGUGCAAAACCUGCUUUUCCUCUGUGGCAGCCGGAAAUGAGGUGGACUGCACCAAGCAGCCAGCGCUGUUGGCCCAGAUGUCCACAGAGGAAGUGGGCCUGCUUCAUCGUCUUCUCCUUGGCCUCCUAAGACCCCACCUCAGAGCUGAGAGCAGCCGGGGCCUCUGACGACACCCGAGCAGACUCAGACACCUGCCCUGGCCAGGACCCCUUGGGCCUGAGACUGAGGCCUCGCCCCCGACGUUCUCCUCAGCAGGGAGGCGAGACCAGGACUCUGGGGGCCGCUGGCGAUAGGUUCUGCAGAAUUCUGAAUCGAGUGUGGUCAGCGUGGAUGGGGGAGUAGGCAGAGUGCUAGUGGGGGCUUGCCCUGCUCUGGUCUCUUGGGGUGGGGAGGCUGGUACUGGCAUCGUGUGACUCUCCUCUGCCUGUCCGCACCCACAUUGGGGCAGCACCGUGCGGGCCUCUUGAGGUUAGGCCUUGGCCGUCCUGAGAGGCGGAUGACUGGACCAUUGGGCAGUGGGAUGGGGACGCGAGGACUUGUCUUUCUGAGGGGAGGGGCAAGGUGGGGGCAGCUGGCUGAUGCUGACACAGCAGUUUUCUGGGCACCAAACCCCAGCCCCAAACCGCCUGCCGAGAUACCGUGUCGACGGAAACUGCUUGCCGAACAAAUGUUUUGCUUCUAGCUCA